UUGUUUUGCUGGGCCCACGAAUGGGGAGAGUCUUUCUCAUUCGGUUUCGUUUCUUGUUUACCCAUGUUUACCCGGCGUCAAGGAAAGUUUGUCAAUGCAGGAAAUCAUUGAUUUUUCACUCCAAUUAACGGUUGAAUCCUUUGAUAAUGGCUCAGGAAAAGAGGACACUUAGGCAGCGACACGAGAAGCAAGAGAAUAAUGAAAAAAUUGAGGAGAAAAGUGAUAAAAUUGAAGAGGUCGAGCCGAAAUAUGGACCAAUACCCAGAAUUCCCUACCAAAAAGUUUGGUCCCGCAGUAUUCUGAUCCUGGGUGUAAUACUCAUCGUCUGGUACAACAGCACCCGCAGCAAAGAAGUACCAUUUGCUCGACAGAGAGACAUUUUACUCAGUCGAACACAGAACAUCGACUGCUCGAUUGACUAUAAGGAGGAUAUCAAUAGGUACCCUGAGUGUGUGCCUGAGAAAUGUGGACGGAUCGUCACAGAUAAAUUGGUCUCCACCAGUGAGACUGACGUCCUACUGAAAAUUGCUGUCAAUGGGAUAAACCUGGGAGGAUCUGCUGGUGGAGCCAGUAUUCUUGAUCUUCACAGUGGAGCUCUCAGUAAAGGAAACAGUUUCAUUAACGUAUUUGCACUGGAGGAGGCCAAUAAAAUAUUUAAUCCUCCUGAUUUUGCUAUUUAUAAAGUUGUCAAAACAAAAAUUCACCAUGCAAUAUCUCAUCACUUUGGCAUUGACGUUGGGAAGCUUUAUCUCACUAAACCUACGUUCUUCUCACGAAUGACCAAUGUAUCAGCUAAAACCAUUCACGAUGAGUACUGGCGGCCUCACGUUGAUAGAGAGUCAUAUGAACAUUUUCACUACACGUCUCUUCUGUACCUAAACGACUACGAGAGGGACUUUAUGGGUGGCAAAUUCAUCUUCAUCGAUAAGAAUAAUGUCAACUCCACGGUAGAGCCACGAAAAGGACGAGUUCUGAUGUUCACCUCUGGUUCUGAAAAUCUUCACGCAAUUGAACGAGUGAUUUCUGGCGCAAGAUACGCACUAACAGUCUCCUUUACCUGCAAUAGCGAAGCUGCAAUGUCCGAUCCUACAUUUGGAAAGUCUGUCAAACACCACUGAGCUCAUUUAUAAUGAGCAGACAAGCGUGAAGAUCGAUUACAUAUAAUACUCAGUAUUACCAUCCGUGGACUCCAUUUCAAAGAAUAAAAAUCAACAAUCCCUUCGGAAAAUUCAUUUCCUAUUUUAUAAGAUAUAUUUUCUAGCCAAUCUUGAUUCGUGUACAUCGUCGUGAAAGCCAACUUUUUUCAGGCCCCGUGAUUAUAAAAUAAUAGAACUAAAUUUUCAUUGGUAAGAAUAGAAUUGAUAGAAUCAAAAUGAUUUUGAUCGUCACACUCUAUCAAGUAAUUUAAAAAACUGUAUCUAAUGCUCACAGGAUAAAAAAAAGAAAUGAAUAAUUGAAUUCUAAAUAACUUUUUUUACUUUCAAUACAACCUUACAAUAAUUACUCUAGCCACAGUAUAAUAAUAAUAAUAAUUCAAAGUCUUUUCUUUUCGGUUAAUUCCACUUAUUGGGUAGACAAUGCAUAUUGAUUAUGUAUGUAUGCACAGUAUUAAACUCAGUUGAAGUACACCUCAUAUACAAGAAUAAAGAUAGAAUGAUAAUGUGGAAUGUGUAUGAAAAUAAUGGGUGAAAGAAUAAAAAGAAAAUAUAUCCAUA